GGGCGGUGUUUUUUUCGUUCUUUGCUGUGGUAGCUCGGCGGUGAGAUCGGGAGGGGAUGCUCGCCCCCUGGGACGGGGAGCGCGGGGCCGGAUUAUUCUCUGCGGGGCAAUAUCAACGACAUUCCAUUGUUUGACCUGCGGUGAGAAAUUUAUUGGAAGAAAAACCCACAACUGGAAGAAACCAUGACUGAAAACGAGGGAACAGCAACAAGUGAACCAGCCCGAGGAUUCAGAGCAUCAACUGGAGAGAACCCUUCUGACUCAGAGUUUCCAGAAGUCGUGAUACAUGUUGGGACCAACGACAUAGGCAGGAAGAGGGAUAAAGUCCUGAAGUGUGAGUUUCGGGAACUAGGCAGAAGGCUGAAGAACAGGACCUCAAGGGUGGCGUUCUCUGGAUUGCUACCCAGUGCUACGUGACAGAGAUGGUUAAAAACGAGAAGGAAUUUGUCUAUGGGAAUCUCGAAAACCACAUGCCAGUUUUGCUGUCUCUGUCCAGAUAUUUAAGAAGUGGAGCAAGGGAUUCACUCGAUCAUCCUUCCUGCUCAGACUGUGGGGAGGGUUCACUCGAUCAUCUGACCGACUGGCAUGUUCAUCAUUUUACACAGGGGAAAGGCCAUUCACCUGCUCAGACUGUAGGAAUAAUUCAGUCAGUCAUCUCAACUGAAGGUACCUCAGCAAAUUCACACUGGGACAAGGCCAUUCAUCUGUUCUGUGUGUGAGAAGGGAUUCAGUCGGUCUUCCCAUCUAUGGGCACACUGGUCAGUUCACACUGGGCAGAGGCUGGUCAUCUGGUGAAUUUGUGGUAAGGAUUCACUCGGUCCACUGAACAAAUGGCUCACCAGCGAGUUCACACCGGGGAGAAGCCGUUCCCCUGCUUAGACUGUGGGAAGGGAUUCACUCGGUCAUCCAACCUUCAGGCACACCAGUCAGUUCACACUGCAGAGAGGGAUUUCACCUGCUCAGACUGUGGGAAGAGAUUUCCUUACUCUUCCACCCUACAGAGUCACCAGCGAGUUCACACUGGGGAGAAGCCAUUCACCUGCUCAGUCUGUGGGAAGAGAUUCACUCAGUCAUCCACCCUACAGAGUCACCAGCGAGUUCACACUGGGGAGAGACCAUUCACCUGCUCAGUCUGUGGGAAGAGAUUCACUCAGUCAUCCAACCUACAGAGGCAUCAGCAAGUUCACACUGGAGAGAGGCCGUUCACCUGCUCAGACUGUGGGAAAGGAUUCACUUUGUCAUCUCACCUACUGACACACCAGUCAGUUCACACUGGGGAGAGGCCGUUCACCUGCUCAGACUGUGGGAAGACAUUCACUCAGUCAUCCAACCUACAGAGACACCAGCGAGUUCACACUGGGGAGAAGCCGUUCACCUGCUCAGACUGUGGGAAGAGAUUCACUCAGUCAUCCACCCUACAGAGUCACCAGCGAGUUCACACUGGGGAGAAGCCAUUCACCUGCUCAGACUGUGGGAAGGGAUUCACUCAGUCAUCCACCCUACAGAGACACCAGCGAGUUCACACUGGGGAGAAGCCGUUCACCUGCUCAGACUGCGGAAAUGGAUUCACUCAAUAAUCUGACCUAUUGACACACUAGACAGUUCACAGUGGGAAGUGGCAGUUCACCUGCUCAGAAUGUGGGAAGGGAUUCACUCGGUCAUCUCAACUACUGGUACACCAGUCAGAUCACCCAGGGGAGAGGCCGUUCAGUAUUAUCUUAUUGGGGAGAAGGUUCUAACAACAGAAGUACAGAAGGUGUUACAUGCCCACAGUUUUGUUUCUGUGAGCGUUACCUUAUGACGUAUGCUGACGGUAUAUAAGAAGUGUGGCACAGUGCUGAGAGAGGGAGUCGAGGGAAAGAGAGAGAGUGAAGAUUGCAGACUUCGAGCUAUCCGGGAACAGCUCACGAUCGAGAAGGGUAAAGUGUAAUGCUUACCCAAACCCAAAGGAUUUGGUUAAUCAGCGGCACACUGUGCAUUGUGGAGAUGUGUCUGUCCUUCGUAUGAUCCAUGGGUGUGGAUUUCAUGACGGUCACUUUGUGAAAUCGCUCUUCGUGGACUUCAGAACAGUAUUCCUCGGCUGGGAUUUUUGGUAACCGUUUCUUCGUUUGCUAGCCGUGGAAUCUUUGGAAUUCGCCGUGAUCGCCUCGUCACUGCACUGUGAAUCCACAAGUCUCUCCUCUCACCUAUUUCAUGAAUUACUGGGACUCUCUGAACUGCCACUGUAAGACGCUGCUUGAAUAAGGUUUGUUAAGAACGGGUUCUAAGGUUGACUGUAAGGGAGCUAUAGACGCAUAACACUGUUAACUUCUGUGUAAGAAAGUAGUUUAUUUAAAAUUGUAUAUUUUUGAGUAGAUGUAAAUAAAUAUAGUCAUCUCUUGCUGCUGGUAUGUUAAGAAGUCGUAACAAAAUUGGGAGCUCAUCCGCAAUAUGAAUAAAAUUGGAGCUUAUUGAUUGAUCGAUUAUCGAACUCAUUGGUUAGUACGCUUUUGAUUGACUUGUGUAGGGAAACCAGCAGCGAUGGAUAUUGCGGCAUUUCUGGCAUCGCCGGACCCUAAGGCAUUAGGGGAUGCCAGAAAGCACGACUUGUUGGCCAUUGCUAAAAAUCUAAAACUUACUGAGGUGAAACGGUCUAUGAAAAAUGUGCAGAUUUAGAGGAGAAUAGCUGAGCAUUAUAUUUCUUUGAGGAAGUUUGAAGAGGGGGUGUUAGAAUUGUUUCCUGAAAGUAAACCCAGUGAUCUUGAGCUCCAGUACAAGUUGGAAAAACUAAAGAUGGAAGCUGAGGAUAGGCGAAGACUACAACAGCUCGAGUUUGAGUUACGAGAAAACAGCUUGAGGCUGAGGCAGCAGAAAAACAGAGGCGGUUUGCAGCUGAAGAAGCAGGAAAACGGAGAAAGCAGAAAGACAAAGGAGGUUUGAUUUAGAGAAGAUGGAGAAGUUGGAGCAAAGGGGUCUAGCGUUUGACUCUGGUGAUAAGUUUGUGGCCAGUCAGGAAGUUAAACUGGUCCCUCCAUUUGAUGAAACUAGGGUUGAUAAAUACUUCCAGCAUUUUGAGAAAGUUGCUCAGAGCCUGAAGUGGCCGGAAGGAAGCUGGCCUCUCUUGUUACAGAGUGUAUUUUAGGGUAAGGCUCAGCAGGCUUAUUCUGUCCUAUCAAUUGAAGAUGCAGCUAAGUAUGAGAUUGUGAAACAGGCUGUGCUUAAAGCCUAUGAACUGGUUCCAGAAGCCUAUAGGCAAAGGUUUAGAAAUUUGAAGAAGUCUGUGAACCAGACUCGUGGAAUUUGCUUAUGAGGAAUCUGUGUGUUUUGAAAGAUGGUGCACAUCUAAAAAUGUGGAUGGUAAUUUUGAGAAACUAAAAGAGUUAAUUUUAAUUGAAGAAUUUAAAAGGUGCGUCCACAAUGACAUAAAGAAAUACUUGGAUGAAAAGAAUGCUGCCACUUUACAAGAGUCUGCUACAUUAGCAGAUGAGUUUGCUCUAAUGCACAAGGCUAAGUUCACCCUGAGUAAGACCUUCCAAAAGAGUAGCAUGGAUAAUCAGGGUAAACCAGAAAUCAAAUCUGGGUCUAGUGACAAAGGUAGGGAUGAAGGGAAGCAGUUAAAGUAGAAACGCUCUGGUCCUACUUGUCACUAUUGUAGGAAACCUGGUCAUGUUAUGGCUAAUUGUUUCCUUCUGAAAAAGAAGAAGGAAAAGGAGGCAGUUCCAGGGGCCUGUGUUCAAAAUGUUGAAACACCCAUGAACGCAUAAGGAUCUGCGCAUUCUGAUGAAGCUCUGUCAAUGGCUAAAACGUCUGGUCAGGUUAGGAAAGAAUUCCUUCAUUUUACCUCAGAUGGGUUUGUUUCAGUAAAGGAAGGGUCAAUCCUGGUACCGGUGAAAAUUCUUCGAGAUACUGUGGCUUCUCAGUCACUUACCUGUGUGCUUUGAUAGUGUUCUAAAGUUUGGUGACGAGACUGUCACUAGUGAGAUAAACCUUAUCAAAGGCAUUGGAGGCGACAUUGUCUCUGUGCCUCUGCACACGGUAAUUUUGAAAUCAGAGUUACUUACAUGACUUGUUAAAGUAGGACUACGACCCAGUUUACCGGUGGAAGGUAUUUCUUUGUUGUUAGGGAAUGACCUAGCAGGUGGUAAAGUUGUUCCUGAAGUGCAGCUGACAACUAAGCCAAUCAAUGAUGAUUCAAAGGUAGACCCUAACAUUUACCCCUCGUGUGCAGUAACUCAAGCUAGCGCCAAGUAAAUUGCCAAUGCAGAUGGGUCCUGUGCAGCAUGAUUUAGCUACUCAUGAUAGCCCAAAUAGGGAAUCAGAUUUUGAUGACUUGUCAGGGACUUUUCUGCCUUCAUUGUUUCACCAGGAUCCAGGUAUUAAAUCUGAUAAUAAAGAUUUAUCUCUGUCUAGGAAGGAGUUUAUAGCAGAACAGAGCAGAGACCCUGAGAUUUAAGUUUUAAGAGAAAAAGCUCUCUCAAGUGAGGAGAUUGAUAAAGUGCCAGUAGGAUGUUACUUCAAAGAUGGAGUGUUAAUGAGGACAUGGAGACCACCUGAUGUUCCUGCAAAUGGGCAAUUGUUCACCAGGUUGUAGUUCCAAAAACCUAUAGGAAUGAGAUUUUAACUUGGGCCCAUAGUAAAUUGUUGGGUGGCCAGCUAGGUGUGAAUAAAACUGUGAACAAAGUUUUAAAACAAUUCUUCUGGCCUAGGUUGAGGAAAGAUGUUGCAACAUUUUGCAGGACUUGUCACACUUGCAGGUUGUGGGUAAACCUAAUCAGGUCACCCCAGUGGCUCCGCUGCAGCCUGUUCCUGCAUUUGGUGAACCAUUUUCUGAAGUUAUUGUGGAUUGUAUUGGCCCAUUGCCAAAGACUAAAGCUGGUCAUCAGUAUUUGCUAACUAUCAAGUGUACAGCAUCUAGAUUUCCAGAGACAAUACCUCUCAGAAAUAUAAAAGCCAAAACUAUGUCGAAGGCUCUCGUAAAGUUUUUUACUUUAUUUGGUUUGCCGAAAGAAAUUCAGUCUGAUCAAGGGACUAAUUUUAUGUCAGGAUUACUCCAGCAGGUAGUUUACAAACUGGGAGCCAAACAGAUUAUGUCAUCCGUGUAUCAUCCAGAAUCCCAAGGGACCUUUGAAAGAUUCAAUUCUACCCUCAAAACCAUGAUUAGGACAGUCUGUAUUAAAAAUGAGAAGGUUUGGGAUGAGGGAGUGUCACGUACCCCGUGACGGGUUAAAGAACCAGCUGAGAUGGAAAACACUUUGGAGUCCAGUAUUGCUAUUAACUAAUAAUAUUUAUUAGUAACUACGCAAUACAGUAAUAUAAAUGUAGGUAAAUCAAACAGGUUAGCAGUGAUUAUAUGUAAGUAAGUAAAUCAGUAAGUGUGGAAAUAUAUAUGAAAACCAAGCUUCUUCAAGUCUAGGGGUAAAUAGAUAGUCUUACGAUGAUGAGUGAAGUUCAAUAGACAAUAGGUGCAGAAGUAGACCAUUCAGCCCUUCGAGCCUGCACUGCCAUUCUGAGAUCAUGGCUGAUCAGUACAGUUCGUGGAGUUGAGUUGAGUAGUGAUGGAGAGGGGGAGAUUUGAGUCUUCAGGUCAGCUGACGCCGUCGAUCUUCUCGUCGUUGUCCGAAAUCCUUUAAAAGUCACCGAUUGUGACCACAACAAAGGGGACCGUUUUUCUGUGGUGGAGCUAUCAACCCAGGCGAGGAUUCGACACACAAACAACUCCCCAUCGGUCACUCCCUUUUCACACUGCAAGAGCCACUGAUCGAUCCUCCAAAAACCCACUUUUUCUGUGGGCACAACAAAGCUCAUUCAGUGUCCAAAAACAUGUGCCUGAGGUCUAUCAUCUGACCUUCUAUUUAUCUCAGUAUACUGAGUACCAACUGUCUCUCAAAUAGCUCCUCCCAUCUCUCUCUGUGUAAGAAUGCACUAGCAGGCAAUGUGCUUGGGAAAUAUAAACUCCCUGCCGAAAAAUCAUAACAUCGAUUGUCCAUCAAAUAACGCCACCCUCGGUCACUAUAGUGACUUACGAGCUGCUCGGUGCUCUCUCUCUCUCCAACUGAGCAGAAAUCCAAAAGUUCCUCCCCGUGCCUUAAAGUGACAGUCCAAAAGUUAGUCUUCGUCUCUCUCUCUUUCUCUAUCUCUUUUCAAAACAAGAUGUCGGCAUUAAAUACCUCUCUCUCUCUCUUUUCAAAAGCACAGUUCAUAGGGGUAAUUUAGGACCCCAUCACAGGGAGUUUAUUUGCUUAUAUUUGCAGUAAUGGAGUCAGUACAAGAGUCCCUAGGCUUUAGUCCCUUUGAACUUGUAUUUGUUUACCAGGUCCGAGGACCUUUGGCAUUGUUAAAGGAACAGUGGGUUAACAAUGACAUGCACGUUAAUUUGCUAGAUUAUGUUUUGAAGUUUAGGGAAAAUUGCAAAGGGCUUGCAACCUAGCAAAGGAAAAUUUAAAAUCAGCCAGGAAAGAAUGAAAACUUGGUGUGAUAAAUAAGCCAGAAUUCAAGCCGGGAGAUAAAGUGCUUGUUUUGUUUCCUGUACUGUCACGAACCCCGUUACAGGAAUAAAGAACCAGCAGAAAUAGAAAACACUUUGGAGUCCAGUAUUGCUAUUAACUAAUAAUAUUUAUUAGUAACUAUGCAAUACAGUAAUAUAACUGUAGAUAAAUCAAACAGGUUAGCAAUGAUUAUAUAUAUAAGUAAGUAUAUUGGUUUAAGUGUGGAAAUAUCUAUGAAAAACCAAGCUUCUUCAAGUCUAGGGGUAAAAAGAUACAGUCUUACGAUGUUGAGUAAAGUUCAGUUCGUGGUAUUGAGUUGAGCAGUGAUGGAGAGAGAGAGAGGGAGAGAUUUGAGUCUUCAGGUGAGCUAACGCCGUCGAUCUUGUUGUCCUUCGAAAUCCUUUAAAAGUCACCGACUGUGAUUUUAACAAAGGGGACCGGUUUUCUGUGGUGGAGCUAUCCCCCAGGCGAGGGUGGACACAUGGACAACUCCCCACCAGUCAACCCCUUUUCUUUCUUUCACUGCAAGAGCGACAGAUCGAUCCGCCUGAUUGAUCCUCCAACACCCACUUUUCCUGCGGGCACAACAAUGCUCAUUCAGUGUCCAAAACAUGUGUCUGAGGUCUAUCAUCUGACCUCCUAUUUUAUCUUCCCGAGCUGGAUACCAGCUAUCAUUCAAAUAACUCCUCCUUCCUCUCUCUGUGUAAGAAAUGUAAGCAGACAAAAGUCCUUGAAGAAGUAUUAACAACCUGCCGAAAAUCAUAACGUAUAAGAUCCUAAAGGGAUUGGACAGGCUAGAUGCGGGAAGAUUGUUCCCGAUGUUGGGGAGGUCUAGAACGAGGGGUCACAGUUUGAGGAUAGAGGGGAAGCCUUUUAGGACCGAGGUUAGGAAAAACUUCUUCACACAGAGAGUGGUGAAUCUGUGGAAUUCUCUGCCACAGCAAACUGUUGAGGCCAGUUCAUUAGCUAUGUUUAAAAGGAAGUUAGAUAUGGCCCUUGUGGCUACAGGGGUCAGGGGGUAUGGAGGGAAGGCUGGGUUCUGAGUUGGAUGAUCAGCCAUGAUCAUAAUAAAUGGCGGUGCAGGCUCGAAGGGCCGAAUGGCCUACUCCUGCACCUAUUUUCUAUGU